AUGGCUUUGCUACAACGAAACCCAGCAUGCAUCCUCAGCUGCCUAGCUGCAUGCUUCUCUACUACUGCUCUUGCUACCUUCAUCACUCUCUUCGCAGCCUCAGUCCUUGUCCCCACUCCGAUACACUCGCAUGCAACAGCCGCUGCUGUGUUAGAUAUUCUGGCGAUCGCUAUCAUUUUCAUCUUCGUCGUCUUCUACACUUCCACAAAUCGCAACCUGCAGCCUUGGAAAUGGACCCUAGCAGUUGUUGUUCUUUUACCCUUUACGAUCGCUAUGAUCAUGUCCAUCUACGUUCUUGGUUGGAUGUACAACAACCUACCGCUUAUCAAAACUCAAAGUUCUUCGGCACAUCUUGCAUCCAUGGUCGCUGCGGCUUUUGCCAUGUGGGUCUUUUCACUCAUAUCACUCGGAGUCUACUGUGGUCUCUUUUGGAGAUCAAGAUCGUCAUUGCCUGAUUCUGUUCUAUUUACUUCGGAUCCACUACGAAGCUGCAUUGAUAUUGGCGAGCACAAGACCCAAGCUUUGUCCUUGAACACACUGUCUCCUUACUCACCCAAUUUUGACCGACCAGUGUCAUCCUUCUCCGAUGUUUCCGAACAGUCAAUCAGCAUCAAGUCCAGCGUCCGAAAUUCAGUUCAACAGUUCCUCCGACAUGGCAAGGAGUCAAGAAGCGCAUCUAAAAAGUCCAAGGAGACUGUCCGUUCGGACUCGACGUCAGAGCGUAGACCUUCGGACGGAUUCGAGACUUGGAAUGUUUCGCCUGCCACGAACACUAACAUCAUGGAGCCAACGAGUGUUUUGGCAACUCUACGGGCGACGCAAGCCCAUCGUCUUGAAACUAUUCCUGGCAGCAGACCAGUAUCUCCCGCCUAUCCUCUUGAUGGGCCGUUCCCGGAUGCAUGCGAACAGGAUGAGGAGGCCGACGAAGUACCCGAAUCACCUGCAUUCCCUCCUUUUGCGCCAUCUUUGCACCGUCGCCCCUCGAAUCAACAAUUGAAUCAGGACCAGUCGCACAUUCAUCCUCUUUUCCGAAGCGACAGUCCUAUACCCUCUCCAACCACUUCUCCAGGCACCAUCAUCACCUCAUCACCGUUCGCCGGUCAAGUCGUCAGCCCAAGCGACGUCACAUUUGGCUCUCGUAGCCGUAAAGGCUCUGCCUUGAGUUCACGACCAACCAGCCCCAACCCCAGUAUCAUCCGCUCUGGUAGUGCUCUUAGUCUCAGUAGGCCUGCAAGUUCACGGAGCAUCAGAGGUCUCGCAGCACAACAACGACCUCGCGUGGUCAUGAGCCCCAGUCUAGGAGAUCUGAGGGCAGAGCGUGACAGGUUCAUCCAGAAACCAAGGCCAACGCUGCACAAGCGUGAACGAUCCGCAUAG